AUGUUAAUGCGAUUUGUAAGAAUUAUGAUUUUAAAUGUGUGCACAGCAUCGUGCAUUAAUCUGACAUAUCCACACAAUCCCAGUCUAUGACACGCUCGGGAAAGCUUUUAUUUACAGUCACUUCACUCGUGAUUGGUGUUGUGGCUACCCAAGAUUCAUCUCUAUUGGUAGACUCUCGAUGGCUCUGUUCUUGGCUAAUGCAAUUUACGUGUGGGCGGGUCUUAUUUUUCUAGCCUCAAUCAUCCCAUAGACUUGUUUGUUGUCGGGCAAGAUGGAGUUCCUAUUAGGAAAUCCUUACAGUACUCCUGUGGGUCAUUGUAUUGAGAGAGCAACCGAUGGCUCUCUUCAAAGCGAGGACUGGACCCUGAACAUGGAAAUAUGUGACAUUAUUAAUGAAACGGAAGAUGGGCCAAAGGAUGCCAUCAAAGCAGUGAAGAAGAGGUUGAAUGGCAACAGGAACUAUAGGGAAGUGAUGCUGGCCCUGACGGUCCUGGAGACGUGCGUGAAGAACUGCGGCCAUCGCUUCCACUCCCUCGUCACCAGCAGGGACUUCAUAGACGGUGUGCUGGUCAAAAUCAUCUCCCCCAAGAACAACCCUCCAACAAUAGUACAAGACAAAGUGCUGGCCUUAAUUCAGGCAUGGGCCGACGCGUUCCGGAGCAGUCCGGAUCUCACCGGAGUGGUUCAGAUCUACGAGGAGCUCAAGAGGAAAGGCAUCGAGUUCCCCAUGUCCGAGUUGGAGACCCUCUCUCCCAUACACACGCCUCAGCGGGUGGCCUCCGCCCCCGAAGGCGACUCCGCCCUCCACCAGUACAGCGCCCCGCCUCCCCAGACCCACGUCCAGCCCACAGUGCCCGUGGUCCCGCCCGUCUACACCACGCCCCAGGCCCAGGCCCCCGUCAUCCAUGGCCCCGGAUCCGUCAACCCCAGCCCCGAACAGAUCUGCCGGCUACGCAGCGAGCUGGACAUCGUGCGUGGGAACACCAAGGUGAUGUCAGAGAUGCUGACUGAAAUGGUGCCCGGUCAGGAAGACCCUUCAGACCACCAGCUGCUGCAGGAGCUGCACAGAACCUGCAGGGCCAUGCAGCAGCGCGUCAUGGAGCUCAUCUCGUGCGUGUCCAACGAGGAGGUCACCGAGGAGCUGCUCCACGUCAACGACGACCUCAACAACAUCUUCCUCCGCUACGAGAGGUACGAACGGUAUCGGGUGGGGAAGUCUUCAGCUCAGAGCGUAAACAACGGGGUUCUGAGCGAGGCCACAGAGGACAACCUGAUCGACCUGGGCCCCGGGUCCCCGGCGGUGGUCAGCAACAUGGCCACCGUGGCCCCCACAAGUCUGCCCUCCAGCCUCACCGCCCCCGCCCCCGCCCCCGCCGCCGCCGCCAGGCCCGCCUCCCCGCCCUCGCUGGCCUCCCGGCUGGCCGGUCUCGACGUGGGCGCCGACAGCGUGAGCAGCACGCUGAGCUCCCUGACCAGCGCCCAGCCCGCCGGAGCCCAGGAUGACUUCGACAUGUUCGCCCAGACCAGGACGGGCUCUCUGUCCGCCGAGCCGGGGAGGACGGGCUCGCUGGAGGACCCCAACGCCAGCCUGCCCCCGCCCACCCUGGACGUACGGCAGCCCAGCGCCGGGGGGAGUGCCGGGGGGGGCCAGUCCUCUGUCAUGGAUGACAUAGAGGAGUGGCUGAGCACCGAUGUGAAGGGAGACGAGGGUGAGGAAGGAGUGACCAGUGAAGAGUUCGAUAAGUUCCUGGAGGAGAGGGCCAAGGCGGCAGAGAUGGCCCCCAGCCUGCCGUCCCCUCCCAGUGGGGAGCCCGGGGCCCCUCAGGGGACCCCCAGCCGCAAGCCCGCUGACAGACCCGAGGCCAACGUCUUCGCCAUGUAAACUGGACCUCCCAUGGCACUGGCCUCCCCUGAAUGCCCCCCCCACCCACCCCUCCCCCCAAACAGCUCUGCAGCAGCAGCAGCAUCAUCACUAACAACCAUCACAGGAGAGACUAGUCAUGUGACAUUUGCAUAUAGCUCACCCUCACGCGUGUGUGCGGCUGUGCUCACACACCUUGAAAGUCCCCGUCCCCUGCUCUCAUUUGUACUCCUCUUUUUCCACGACAUCAGCUAAACACUACCACAGUGAAUCCUUCAUCUCCUGUGCUAGCCUCUUAUUCUAAGGGAAUAUUUAAUACAUGUUUAUAUUUUUUUGUUUCCACUCGAAAGGGAAAAAAGGCAAUGGCACUAAAAGUAUAUUUUGUUACACUACACUGAGGGGGGGUGUCGCUCCAUGUUUGUCCUUCAUAUCCACGGCCAAUCUGUCUGUCCUCAGCCUCCUGUGGUUUGUUGAGCCCACUUUUCACUUUUGAAGUCAUUGGAUUUAAUUUUGGUUGUCUUCUAAGGCGAGUCUAGUCUGCCCUCUCCAUCUGAUUCACUACAGUCCCCUUCGGAUGGGGAUGGUGUCCUGUUCAUGGUUAACCUCUCAUGCAUGUCAACAUAUGAGCUUUUAGCUUUUUCUCGUUUUCAUUUUAAAGGGACUUUUACUACAGCCGUUAGCCGUCCUGCCUUGUUCUCUCCGGUGGUGUCUCCGAUGUAGUUAUUUAACCUAUUAAAGGUGCUGUAGGUAAGGUUACAGAGCUAUAACUUAAGUGUUAUAUGUGCAUACCAUAGCUAUCCAGGUUAACUGUUCUGGUUGACUUGUGCACAUGCCUCUGUGUGAGACAAUUUACACUUAAGACCACACCUGGCUAAUAUCUGACCAAUCGGGGCAACUGUUCAGUUUGGGGAAUCCAUCUUUCUUGGCAAUCACAUUUGCAUACACAGAAAUUUCCUCUCGAUGGCGGGAAAAUAUAAUGAAUGAAUCCGUCUAUUAACAAUUCUCCAAUCCAGCGUACAGCACCUUUUUAAGGUACAAAUUGGUUAAUUCCCUCCCCCAGGUGUGAAUCAGAUUUUCCGUCAAUGACUACCUUCUGUCAAUGUUUUUUUAUUUUUGGUGUGCGUGUGGUAGAUCUAUUGUAUAUCUGUAAAUGACAAAUGCUAUCUUUAUUAGAUGUUUGUAUAUUUAAUUAAAUGAUACUAAGGGAAAGGCGGUUUAGAAGUUACAUUUGAGGAUCGAGUCCACUGACGACUAAUGUUUUAUUGUGUAGUUUACCUCCGUAGAGGUAGAUUUUGAAAUAAAACUAUUCAAUCCACUCCCGGUGGAUUGAGUAGGGACGUGCAAAGGGAUUGAUUUGUUUAGAUUCUUUGCACUUGAGGCGGUUCUGUAGAGACGAGUUAUUCCUUAUACACUAUAAUUUAACAAACGAAUCGUAAGGCGUUUUUGCGAAAUGGUUUUACAGUUGCUGUUUAUGAAAUUACCUCUUUGUGCAGGUAGGCUUGGCUACAUGCAGAAUCAAACACGUUGUAUUAAUUGCACUGUGCUGGAUAACUACACUAUCCUUCUGCUGAAAUGACUUAUCCCAAUCGUUUUCUCACACUCGUGCAAUGCUGUUUCAUUCCACAAUGUAUUGUUGAUUUAGAUUUUUACGAUUUCCUUUCUUGAAGUCCAGUCAACGUUGAUGUGCAUCGGUUCAGGUGUGUAGUCUUUCUAUGAGUUUGUUUGUUGGUGUAAAGCUGUAGAAUGUUGAUGCAAUCACUUGACUGGCCCAUGGCUGAGGUUUUUGGAUGGAUGUAAGGAUGUGGAUGGAUAGAUGGACAGAGGGAUGGUACACUGAAGACCUAUAUAAUUAUAUAUAUAUAUAUAAGCAGCAGCCUUAUCUUUAGGAUGAUAUCUUCAUGUAGAGAUGAUUAAAGCAUUAAAUAUCCCUGCAGAUUAAGUGUUCCACAUGUCCUUUUGGUCUUGAAUUGAAUUCUGACCUCAUUUCUUUCCCUCUUAAACCCUUACUUGUUUUAAUUUGUAGAUGGCUGCAGACACUUGGCUACAAAAGAUAAAACACUAGCAGCCUGAAACACUCAAACCCUCGAAAGCACACCAUUUCUUACCUUAAAUGAGAUGAAUGAUAGGGAAUGUGUAACUCAUUGUAAAAUCUGGUGAUUUGAAAUUUUGUUGGGGGCAGUCGUGGUUGUAAUUUAUUAAUCAUGUAUAAAUGUCGCCACGUGAAGGAAAGUAACUGUACUGUGUAGGACGGGAUAGGGAUGUCCUGCUUUGUUUUUUGUUGAAAAGUUGGAUAUUUUCCUCCCUGCUGGCUUAUUUAUCUUUCUAUUUCAGAGUGAUUAUAUGAAUUAUAAUGAUCAUAUAUUUAUAACAUUAGGUUCAUCUUGUCAUGUGUAUGCUUAUGAAUGAGUGACUGACUGAGGCUGAUUGCUCUAUAUACCAGAUCAUAGUUUCCCCAACUAUAUCCCUCGGUUUACCUGAAGACUGUUUUACCAUCGUUUUUGCAGAAUAUGUCCAGAAUUCGUCUUGCAUAAGUGUGGUUUAAGAACAAACUGGACAAUAUAGAAUCAAAAUUACCAACAUAAUGUACAAGUCAUCUGCAUUGCACCUUUUUACAUUAUCUUGAUCUAUUUGUGUAAGGUGUGUGGCCAUUGUAGCCACAUGUCCAAGGGAAGCAUACCUUCUUGUGUUUUAGUUUGUCACCUGGAGACAUUAAACGUAUUUCCUACCGUGUUUGUUUCAGAGUAAACCCGUUCCUUAACUUAAGAGCUGUUUGUUUGGUGUGGUUAAAGUAACGCUGGCUGAUGCAUUGCGGAGAGCCUUUCCCACAGAGUACAACAUGGGUGUGUGUGGCAGCUGGAGCUGUGACUCUGAGGUGGUGAUCAGCAGAAUGUCCUGCUGCCCGGCUGUUUUCUGGCUGCGUUUCACUGUGUCGCUGGCCCCCAUGUCACCACUUUCUUUGUGUUGUUGGACUUCUGCAUGAACUCUAAAUAAAUCAUUCGCAGUGUGCGUGUGUGUGUCUCCUCUCUGGUUAUUCUUGCGUAGAACGUUCCACCGUACUUGGCUCCAAUAUGCAAUCAUUUGCCCAUUUGUUUUGUGUUUAUUCAAUAUCAAAACCACAAGAAA